AAAAAAACAAGUGUUGCUGGUCAGACAGACGACGAUGGGACUUUGAUUAUUUAUUUUGCUCAGCUCACAGUUCGGGAACUGCUCUCGGAAAUUCGUUUCAUAAUCGAACAAAUAGUUCCCAAUUUAAUGCACUACGUCUACGGGGCAAUAACACAGCAACAGCUACGUUUUUGUGAACCCUAAAACAACAACAAUCUGGAAUACCAAAAUUUGUUGUCGACAUAAAAAACGAAAAAACUCAUUCCAGCGGAGGAAGGAAGUGACCGUGGAAGUUGAAGUCUACACACAAUAACAACAACAAGUAUCAAAUAUAGUGUAGUGUUAGUGCAUUAGAAGAGCAAAACAUACUGUGUACAACUUUGCUGACGAUCAAAUCAUCAGCUCACUACAAAUAGAAAAACAAAAACAACAAAAAAGAGAAGGAAAAAAACACUUGUCGCUGCUGCUGCGCCCCAAUAACAACCACAACAUCGCCUGUUUGUGUUGGUUUUGUUAUUGCUUUAAUAAUUCGUUCGACGAAUAUUCGUGCACAGCAAUUAGCAAGCAGCAAUAGAAAGUAGCACGGGAAGAAGAAGGAAGAGAGGAGGAGGGUGAGGGUCAACAAUGGAUGAUAGCAGCACAGCCACAACGCCGUCGCCAGCUGCGGCAACGGCCGCUGGUUAUGAUGCUGCGCGAGACAAAACAACAACAACAACUGCUGGGAGCAGAGCUGCUGGCAGCAACGCCGGCAGCGGCAGCGGCGUCAGCAGCAUUAGGCUUUUAAUUAAAUCGUCAAAUCAGCAAUACGAUGACAUGAACAUCGAGAGCGAUCUCUGCUGGACCGUGGAGCGGCUAAAGAAGCAGCUGUCUAUGGUGUAUCCCGGCAAGCCGGAAAUCAAAGACCAAAAGCUCAUCUAUUCGGGCAAGCUGGUGAACGAUACACAGAAGCUAUCGGAGGUCAUACGCAGCUACAAAGAUGUUUAUCAACAGCAUCACAUCUUUCACUUGGUCUGCGUCAACAGGAGCUUGACAAAGCCGCCGUAUAAGGCAAUGACAACGCCGGCAAAGGACAACGGCGUCAAUGCCAAUACAAACACAAAUGCCACCGCAAAUGCCAAUGUUAAUGCCACGCCACGUCUGGAGACCAAUAAUACCAAUGAUAACGAGCUUAGACAACGUCAUGUAUCGACUACAGCUGCUGCUGCUGCUGCUCAAAUUCCUUAUCAGCAAUUACAGCAACAGCCACAACAACAGCAACAACAACAACAGUACCCAUGGAUGCAACACCUGACCGAUCCCAACAUGCAAAAUCAUGCGUAUCACUUGGCUGCCUAUCAAGCGGCAGCAGCAGCUGCCUACGGUGCCGUCAAUGUGUCCACAAUGACGCAUCUGACGCAAGAGCAGCAACAGGCGCUGCUCACCAAUGCCUGGAUACAGCAUUGUUAUGCCCAAUACAUGCAGCAAGUGAUGCAACGUCCUAGUGGUGCACAGAAUGCUGGUCCAGCGUUGCCCAUGCUGCAUCCGUUGUUGCAAAACAUGCCUGUGAUACCGCACAUGAUGAGUGUCCCGCAGGCUGAUCCAGCCGCGGUACCAGCAGCAGCACAGGCAGCCAAUGAGGCAGCCGCAGCAGGUCUGCAACCGGCUGCAGCAGCGGCAGCUGGCCGUCAAGUGGAUGGACCCAAUUUCGUCAAUAUACAGGAGGAGCCAGAGAUGCGCGAUUGGCUGGACAGUUUCUUUAGCUUUACACGUUUGGCCAUCUUUGCGACAGUCUUGUACUUCAAUUCGUCGCCCAUGCGUUGUCUGUUGGUGCUGCUCAUCGCAAGCGGCAUUUAUCUUUACCACAUUGGCAUCUUGCGUCGACGUCGCGAGCGCAACAACAACAACAUCAAUAGGAACAACAAUGCUGGCAACGAUGCAGCCGCCUUUGCUGCAGUGCAGCAAAUACAACGCAUGAUGGAUGCUGCCGUUGAGCGUGACAAUAAUCCACAAGCUGCUGCCGAGCCGGCACCAGUUGCACCCGCUGGACAGGAUGCGGACGAAGCAGUAGCCGCCAGACCGGCAGCGGCAAGUGCUGCUGGUGGUGCGGAUCAAGCUGAUGCCGCUGAGGCUGCGGCCGUUGCUGCCGCUGUUGUUGAGCCGGCAAAUGCCAAUAACUCUGUGAUUUCCAUAGUGCGCACUUUUGUCAUAACGUUCUUCACCUCGCUGCUGCCCGAGGCGCCAGCGCUGUAAAAGGCACACAUGACCAACUGCAUCGCAUUCUUUGUGGCCUCCAAUUCUCUCCCAAAAAAUGAAAAUCAAACAACACCCAAAAAGAAAUACAAUAUACUUUCCCCCUUUGAUUAAAUGUUAUUAUUUUGCAAUACUUGAAUUUUUGCAAUAUCUGUUUAUCUAGCUAUAGAAAUGAAUUAUUGUAUAUUUAUAUCUUUAACAUCUCCCCAGUCUGUGUAUGUAGAUGUGAAGCACAGAGAUCUAUCUAUCUAUCUACUCCCCGAUCCCCCACUUUCCACCCCUAGUAGCUUUAGUGAUUUUUUUAGUGAUAAGGAAAUUUGUUUUUGAUGUGAAUAAUAUAGAACACAAGCUAUAGUGUUUUAGACGAAACUAUGAGAAAUCGAUCGAUGAAUUGCAAUUAUAAAUAAAAAAGAAAAAUAACAGCAAAAAACAA